AUGGCUUCCAAUCGCCCUUCCUCAUCUGAUGCCUCUGCAAAAGAACGCCUUCGUUGGACUCAUCAACUUCAUGAUCUCUUCGUUCAAGCUGUCAACAGACUUGGUGGCCCUGAUAGAGCAACGCCAAAGAGUAUAGUGAAGGAGAUGACGAGCAUGGGGGCAUCUGGAAUCACCAUUUAUCACGUCAAAAGCCACUUACAGAAAUACAGGAUCAACAAGUUGAUUCCAGAGUCUGCUACUAGAAGCAAGCUUGAGAGAAGAAGCAUAUCGGACAUACUGCCUAAUUUCAGCACAUUAGCGACGGUGCAGCUAAAGGAAGCUCUACACUUGCAAAUGGAAGUACAAAAACGCUUGAGCGACCAGCUGGAGUUUCAAAGGAGCUUGAAGCUGAAAAUGGAAGCUCAAGGGAGGUACCUGGAGAGACUGGGCCAAGCUUAUCAGAACUCAACCAUCUCCAGAAAAUCUGCCGGCAAUAGUAAUAAGCUUCAUAGAAAUAAUACUGCACCUACGACGACAUCAAUGCCUUGUCUCUCUGAGGAAUCCGAUGAUGAUGAGCCCGCUAGCUAUGGUUCUAAACACAGUAAUAGGUCCAACGUUGUCACACACAAAAAGCAGAGAGUCGUCGAGGAUGAUGAUGAUGAUACUAUUAGGGUUAAUUUCCCAGCAAGUUUGGACCUUUUUGUUUCCUCUUCUUCUUCUUCUUCUUCGUCAUCACUCACUCCAGAAUUCUGCAACCAAAACUGGGACCUACUUCCUUGGAAUCAGCUUGCAGCUUCAUUUCAUCAAUGUCAAUCACCUUUGGUUCCGAGCUUCCUGCUGUGA